CACACUCGACGAUUCUGAAUGCACUCGUCUCCCCUCCGGUGACCUAGUUAGCUCCGGCGCCGGAACUUCCAUCGGCCGUCAGCCGCCGCCGCCUGCCUGAGAUUCCAAUUCCGUCGGGGGGAUUCCCCGUCCGUACUUUGCUUCCGCGAUUCGAUUUCAAUUAGGGUUUUCGUCUUGCUUUCUAAGAUUGCGGCGCCCAGGCCAUGGCUCCGUCGCGUAGACGCGGAGCGAACAAGGCUAAGAACAAGGCGCAGCUGAGCCUCGGCGAUCUUGUCCUCGCCAAGGUCAAGGGUCACCCCUUCUGGCCCGCCAAGAUCAGCAAGCCUGAAGAUUGGCAGAAAGUCCCUGAUCCUAAGAAGUAUUUUGUGCAAUUCUUUGGAACAGAAGAGAUAGCUUUUGUUGCACCUGUAGAUAUUCAGGCAUUCACUAGUGAUUCAAAAAGUAAAAUAUCAGCUCGCUGUCAAGGCAAAUCAAAGUAUUUUUCCCAAGCGGUGAAGGAAAUAUGUGAAGCAUUUGAUGAGUUGCAGAAAAAGAACUCAAAUGAUUUGAGGGUUGAUACUGAUAGAUCAGACCAUGGAUGUGAUGCUCUGUCUGUUGAUGGGGUUGAGGAUAAUGGGGUUAAUGUCGAGAUAAAAGAUGAUAAGGGUGUAGUUGGUUCUGAUGGAGAAACAGUUAAGGAAGAAUGCACAGGUGAUUUCGGCUCUAAGUUGGAGCGUUGUUCACAGUUACGAGGUGAAAAUGAUACUGAAGACGUAGACCCAUCUACCUCUUGUGGAGCAAAGGAGAGUUCAUCUCCUGUCUUUUCUUCUGAGGAAAAGGAUAAAAUGUCUUCAGUUGUUCACCCCAAGGUACCAAAGACGUCCAAUUCUUCUCAUUUGAAGACAGAAGUUUCUGAUCUUAAGCAUGAAGAUGAUGAUAUUCACUCCAAGAAACAUGGUGAGGGACAGAGGUCAUUAGUAAAUGGUCACAAGAUGACCAAGAGUAGUGGUUCAAAGAAGAGAAGUGAUGGUAUGGUUGAAGUACACAAGGGCAGCUCUUUAACGUCAUUGAAGGAAGAUGGUUCUAUUGGUUGCGUUGAUCGCCCACAAUCUCAUGACCGAUUGAGAGAUGGAACAACAGGCAAAACUGUCUCUGGUAGCAAUAAAAGAAAGUUAUCCCAAGAUUCGCUUAAACCUGAAACUGGAAUUGGGGAUGGGAAAAGGUCGAAAGACCUGCUUAAGGCCAAAAAGUAUGUCAAGGUAGAAGAGGCAAAGAACUCUGUGGAUGAUCUUGAAGCCCAGACCAGAGAUAGACUUUCAGGAAGACCAAAGAAUGCUCAUGUUGGGCGUGGAAAGCCUGAUUUGGGAUCAAAUGAUAUUUCACAUCUGUCCAAAAAGUCGAAGCAUGUAGAUGCAGGGGAAAAUACUCGGCGGGGUUCAUUCUCAAAAAGUCCUCCUAGUACUAAUGUUGCUAACCAGAAGACGGUUAAAAAAUUGGAUUCGAAAGUGUCUACUUCACGUGUUAAAUCGGAGAACAAUCUGGUAUCCAAAUCCCAAAAUGUCAAUGCUUCUGGUGAUGAAGCUGUUCUACCCCUAGCAAAGCGUCGUCGUCGAGCGAUGGAGGCUAUGUCUGAUUCUGACACUUUGGUUUCUGAUGAUAAAAUGGAAAAGGCUCCUGUUCAGAAGAAUAAUAUAGCUCGGUCUAGUGAUGUCAAAGUUUCAGCACCUCAGACACAGAGAAAGCGUAGAGCUGUAUGCCUUUAUGAUGAUGAGGAGGAGGAAGAAAAACCCAAAACCCCUGUUCAUGGAGGCUCUUCCCGGAAUGUUAAAGCACCUUCAAAUAUUUCAGAUGGUAUAAAGAGCACUAAUAAAAAUAUUGAGGGUUCUGAUAUUGCUCUACACAGUACAAAGCAUUCUACUCAAGUUCAUGGUAGCAGUACAAAGGAAUCAUCUUCCCAGCUAAAGACUUGGUCUUUGUCCCCUGGCAAACCUGUAGUAGAUGAGAAGAGGUCUCAGAAGCAAACUCAAACUGAUGAAAUGAGGCUUGAAAAGUCGGUGCACGCCUACCACAGUCCAGCAAAAUUAGAAUCCGACCAGCAGUUGUCCAAAGAGUUAAAACCAACCGUGCCUUCUCCUAAGAUGUCUCCUAUGUUGGUUUCUGCUACUAAACCUGCAGUAGAACAGCAAAAAGCAACUAAAGCCCCAGUUAAAGGCUCUAAUUCUGCAAUUCAGAAAAAGGCUCAGGCUGUAUCAGUCAACAGUUCGAGAACAGUUUCUAGUAGUUUGGUUUCCUCUCAAAAACCUAAACCUACGGCACGACCCAUCUCCCGGACCAUUGACUCUACUAUUUUACAGGAAAAUACAACAGAGUACAAUUUGUUACCCACAGAAAGAAUGGAAGUUGGAAAAGAAGAUAAAACUGCCUUAUUGGUUGAUUCUAACACACUGGAAUCUUCUUCAUCUUUGAAGCAUCUAAUUGCAGUUGCACAAGCAAAAAGGAAACAAACGCAGUCGCAUAACUACAGCUUUGAUUUUUCCAGUUCUGCUUUUUUGUCUAGCACAGAUGGAACAUGCCCCAGUCCUUUGGCAGCUCAGGGUCUUUAUCCCAUGAGUAGCAGUGCAUUGCAGGCAGAUGUUCCAGGAUCUAUACAAACCACAAACAUAGUUUCUCCUUCUCAUAGUCGCCCUUCUGCAUUACAAAAUCAAGUAGACAUUGAGGACCUUUCAGAAAGAAGAGUUAGUUCUGGGCAUCAGACAGCAGGAGGAUCACUGAGUGGCGGUACCGAGGCAGCUGUUGCCCGUGAUGCUUUUGAAGGGAUGAUAGAAACUUUGUCAAGGACCAAGGAAAGUAUUAGUCGUGCAACUCGCUGUGCCCUUGAUUGUGCCAAGUAUGGUAUUGCUAAUGAGGUUGUGGAACUGCUUAUCCGAAAGCUGGAGAGUGAGCCAAGUUUUCAUCGUAAGGUUGACCUGUUCUUUCUCGUGGACUCCAUUACACAAAUCUCACAUACUCAAAAAGGUAUUGCGGGAGCUUCAUAUGUUCCAACUGUUCAAGCAGCGUUGCCACGGCUUCUAGGUGCUGCUGCUCCACCUGGUUCUGGUGCUCGUGAGAAUCGUCGUCAGUGUCAUAAGGUUUUACGGCUCUGGCUUGAGAGGAAAAUUUUUCCACAAGGUGUUCUUCGUCGGUACAUGGAUGAUAUUGGAGUCUCAAAUGAUGAUACAACUGCUGGUUUCUCCCUUAGACGUCCAUCUCGAUCAGAGCGUGCCAUUGAUGAUCCAAUUAGAGAAAUGGAAGGAAUGUUUGUGGAUGAGUAUGGCAGCAAUGCGACAUUUCAGUUGCCUGGAUUUCUAUCUUCUCAUGCAUUUGAAGAUGAUGAUGAGGAAGAAGAAGAAGAAGUUCCAAGCUGUUCAUACAAGGAGGCUAGUCAUCCAUCACCGGUAGAAACUACCCAUGCAUCUGGGGAGUCAGAAGCAUGUGCUGUUACUCCAAAUGAUAGGCGGCAUUGCAUCUUAGAGGAUGUGGAUGGUGAGCUGGAAAUGGAAGAUGUUUCUGGACAUCCGAAGGAUGAAAGACCGUCGUCUAUAAAUGGUUCUUUUGAAAUGGAUCCACCACAGCAAGGGCCACAUAGGAUCAUGGAACCAGCUUCAAAUGCUUGCACCGACUUGCCCCCACUUCCAGAGGGUUCCCCACCUUUGCCUCUUGAUUCUCCUCCUCCACCCCCUCCUUUGCCUCCCUCACCACCACCACCACCACCCCCACUGUCUCCAUCACCACCACCGCCACCGCCGCCUCCCCCCUCACAGCCUCCACUUCCUCUACCACUAUCAGGUUCUCAACAUUUGUUGAUUCCCCAGUCAUCUAGACCAACCCAGCCUUCAUUAGUAGCCCAACAGAUGCUGCCACCUCAAACAUCAAUGCAUUCUUCACCACAGUUGGCGUAUCAACCUUCUGUACCUCAUGAAUACUGCAGCACUAGUGGCAACCAACUAGUCCAAAUGCCUGGAAAUGCUUCUCACGGGGGUGCUAUUGAUUCUUCCGUGAAAACUGAAAUGUUUUCACAGCAGCAAGCUUGCUUUGCCCCAGCAGGAGUAUGUGGUCCUCGAGAACCUUCUGGAUAUAGUUCAGCUAGGCAAGUAGAGCAUGGACAUGGUGACAUUUUCAUGAGUACACAAGUCUCUCAACCAAACCAACAAUUUCAACAAGGUAACGCAGCUUUUGCUCCUAGACCUUUACCUCCAGGACCCCCACAAAAUCCAUCGAGUCACUUUUCCUAUGCCAAGCCCCCAGUUCAGCAACAUCCCCAGCAUCCAUACCGACCCCCAUACCCUUUGCCACCUGGUCCUGAUAAUCAGAGACGAUUUGUUGCCGAUGAACAGCGGGGUGUCUGGAUAAAUGGUGGGAGGCCUCCACACCCAGGACCACCAUUUGGCCAUGAAGGUUAUUUUCGCCCACCAGUCGAGAGGCCACCAGCAAAUAAUAUGAGUUUUCAGCGUCCCGCUCCUAAUAAUGUACCCUCUGGAGCUCCAAUAUCAGGUCAUAGUGCUUCUCAGAUCUUGCCAUGUAGGCCUGAUAUUUCAGCUGUUAAUUGUUGGAGACCGGCAUAAAUUGUUGGAGACCGGCAUAAUGUUCACUUUGCCCUGAUUAAAUAUUCUUCUGGAGGGUGGUGAAUUAACUAGUGGCAUCACUUCAUAGCAUGCUUCCAAGUUGGUGUUAUUUGGUGUACAAAACCUUAAGUUCUUGGAAGGCAGUGUUGAGAACUUGCGGAGGCUCUUGACAGGACUCUGUAUAUUGUAAUUUUUCCUGACAAAUGUAUCCCAAGAACAUUUGCUUCCAAGUGUACGCCCAUGUUUCUUUCUUGGUUAGUACACUUGUGUCUUAA